AUGUCUUUCACCUCCUCCUCCUCCUGGUCCUGGACUCUCCGAGCCUCCCUCCUCCUGCAGCUCCUCCUCGUGCCAUCGUGCCUCCUCCAUCCGCAGCCCUGCCACCUCCUGGCGCAGAUCGGACAUACGGUGCGCGUCGGUGCGCUCCUGCCGACGCAGCGGGCGGCUCGCGUUCAGGUCCAAGCGGCGCUGAGCCGCGCCGCUGCUGCGAUGAGUCGGGACCGGGAUCCGGACCCGGACCGGUACCGGGAGCGGAGCAACUUACUGCCCUACAACCUGAGCCUGGAGCUGGUGUCCCGUCAGCCGGCCGCCGCGGAUCCAGAGUCCCUUUUCCGGUGCGUGUGUCAGGGCGUGGUGGUGCAGGGAGUGUCCGCCGUGCUCGCCUUCCCGCAGAGCCGCGAGGAGUUGCUACAGGUGGACUUUAUGGCCUCGUUCCUGGAGAUCCCGUUCCUCAGCGUCAUUGAACACGGAGAGCCGCUCCGCACGCAGAACCGGUUCCACCUGCAGAUGAUGACGGGGAUUCCAGAGUCCUGUCUGUCUGAUCUGCUGCUGACGGUUCUGCAGCGGUCUGGUUGGAGGGAGGGUACUGUGGUUCUGUGUCGGGGCUGGGAGGAAGCUCGAGGUCUCCUGCGGCUCCUGGAGGGUCGGAGUGGUGCAUUGUGGAACGGUGGAGGCGGGGUCACCUGGCACCUGCGGGCCCUUUUGAACCUGACACGGUUGGCCCACGAUGACACGCAGAUCCACGAUUUCCUGUCCCGACACUUCAGACAGAACCAGCCCCCAUCGGCGUCUGUGCUGCUGUUUGGGACUGACCUGCAGUGUGCAGCGGCCGUGCUGCGCAGUGCCCAAGACCUAGGCCUCACCUUACCCAUGGUCAACUGGGUGCUGGGCCAACCGCUCAACCCUGACGCAUUGCAUGCCAUCGGGCUGCCACUCGGCCUGCUGGCCUACGGACAGGUUGACAGGAAACCGCUUGAUUUUUACAUCAGAGACGCCUUGCAGCUCGUCACCAGGGCCGUUGCUGCGGCAACUGUGGUGAGACCGGACCUGGCCCUGAUCCAGAACAUGGUGAACUGCUACGACAAACCCAACAAACACGAGGUGCCAUCAUCAGGACAGUACCUUUCCAGGUUUCUAUCCAACACAUCUUUCUCUGGUCUAACGGGUCCAGUCCGAGUCCACCAGAACCAGUCUCAGGUCUUCACCUCGCAGUUGUUCCACAUCUGGAGCCUGCGCCGGGACGCUCUGGGUCAACCCACCUGGGUGACGGUUGGCAGCUGGGAGGGGGGUCAGCUGCAGGUGGAAGACCAGGGAGUCUGGCAGGGACCCAAACCUCGGCACAGGACAGACGGGACAGGCGGGAGGACCUUGGGCCGCUGGAGGGCAGGGAUGCCCGUGGUGGGCAGUCGUGUUCGGGUGGUGACACUGGUGGAACAUCCUUUUGUGUUCACGCGGGACGUGGAUGAUGAGGGCAACUGCCCGGCUGGUCAGUUCUGCCUGGACGCCGGGACCAACAGCUCAGAAACUCUGGAAAGGUUCUUCAGGCAGGUGGCGGGUGGAAACGUCAGCUUCCUGCCUACACAAUACAGCAAGUGUUGCUAUGGAUACUGCAUCGACCUGCUGGAAAAGCUGGCAGAAGACCUGGGCUUCGAGUUCGACCUUUACAUUGUUGGAGAUGGGAAGUAUGGCGCAUGGAAGGGGGGCCGCUGGACUGGGCUUGUUGGGGAUCUUCUGAAUAGACUGGCGGACAUGGCUGUCACCUCCUUCAGUAUCAACUCAGCUCGGAGUCGGGUGAUUGACUUCACCUCGCCCUUCUUUUCAACCAGCCUGGGCAUCCUGGUGCGCAGUAAGGACACAGCAGCCCCUAUUGGAGCCUUCAUGUGGCCCCUGCACUGGUCCAUGUGGGUGGGCAUCUUCCUGGCAUUGCACAUCACUGCACUCUUCCUCACACUGUACGAGUGGAAGAGUCCAUUUGGAAUGACACCUCACGGACGCAACAGGAUGAGGGUGUUCUCAUACUCAUCAGCUCUAAACCUGUGCUAUGCCAUCCUGUUCGGACGCACUGUCUCUUCCAAGACGCCAAAGUGCUGGACGGGUCGAUUCCUGAUGAACCUGUGGGCCAUCUUCUGCUUGCUGGUGCUGUCCAGCUACACCGCCAACCUCGCUGCCGUCAUGGUGGGAGAGAAGACCUUUGAGGAGGUCUCAGGGAUCCACGAUGCCAAGCUGCACCACCCGUCCCAGGGUUUUCGUUUUGGAACAGUGAGGGAGAGCAGCGCUGAGGAUUACAUGAAGAAGAGUUUUCCAGAGAUGCAUGAGUACAUGAGACUUUUCAACGAACCGACUACCCCUGAAGGAGUCGCCACCCUCAAGACAGAUCCUCCUCAGCUCGAUGCCUUCAUCAUGGACAAAGCUCUGCUGGACUACGAAGUUUCCAUCGACGCUGACUGUAAACUGGCAACUGUCGGGAAACCAUUCGCCAUUGAAGGUUACGGUAUCGGCCUGCCUCAGAACUCUCCUCUGACGUCCAACAUCUCAGAAUUCAUCAGCAGAUAUAAAUCAGACGGAUACAUGGACCUGCUGCACGACAAGUGGUACAAAGUGGUUCCCUGUGGGAACAGAGUUUUCGCUGUUACUGAGACUCUUCAGAUGGGGAUCAGUCACUUUUCAGGACUCUUUGUUUUGUUGUGUUUUGGAGUGGGCGGAGCUUUGCUGACUCUGGCAGGUGAACAUGGUUUCUACAGACUGGUCCUACCACACAUCCGCCGCCGACAGAACCUAAAAUACUGGCUGCACACCUCACAGAAAAUUCAUCGAGCUCUGAACAUGACGUAUGAAGAUGUGAAGAGGCAGCGAGCUGAGAAAGAAAAAAGCUGUAACCUGCAGUCAGGUCUCAAGCCUCAGCCCCCCCCUGGCCCCCAUGCCUCACCGGGACCUGGAGCCUCGGCCAAGUGGAACAACGAGACCAGUAAGGAUGCCGCCACCACUGCCGUUGCAGCCACAAAGGAUGCCCGAGACUUCAAACGAGUUCACUUCAACCUAGAGACCCUCAACACCCGCCGCCUGCUCGCUCGCAUCGCUGCCUGUGACACCAAGGGAAGCGGGGCUCAAAGUGAGAUGGAGGGGCCAGCCAAGCCAAAGGUGGGGCACAACAGCAGACUGUGUGAAAACGGAGGACCAGCAGCUUCGUUUGCCAGCCUGGUGCUGUCCCUCCCCUCCUCAUCCUCCUGCUCUACCUCUGCGCGACCCAAUAUCUCUGUUCCUCCUACUGCAACCGUAGCCCCUCCCCCAGAAGUGACAGCCCCACCCCCUGCUGCAGUGGUACCUCCCCAGCCCGGUGAGCUGCAGGAGCUGCAGGACCAGAUCGAACAGAUGAGGGAGAAACUGAGGACGGCUCUGGCCAGGAGGGCUGAAAUUCAGACCACUCUGGCCAAACCCAUCGCGAUGAUGACAAACAACCCAACUCUGGUUACCACGUUGACAACAGCAACAAUGACAACGACAAUGAUAGCAACAACGACAGGAGCCCCACCCACCCUAUUACCCACUGUUGCCCCGGCAACACCCCUCCCUGCCAACGUGAAGUGUGUGACAACCAUGACGGACCCGCCUCACAAAGUCCUGUCUAAAGUUCGGCCCCCAAACAGCAGACUGACUAAUCAGAGGAGGUGAUGCACUCUGUUCAGGUCACAUGAUCCUCUGCACACAGCGGCCAUUUUAAUCAGCUGAGAAUUAAAUAAAUUAAACUUUUAUUUUAA